CAGCAGUCGCUGCUGCCGCUGCCGAUCCUAAUCUCCUUGCCGCCCUAAGAUGUGGGAUGCAAGGAAUCAGGGAAGGGCUACUCAGGGACCCUGGUGAAGCAGAGGAUGUGGGUUUAAAAAAGACCGAAUAUUAGGAAAGAAGUGCUGAGCAGGAGCUUGUGUUGUUAAGGCCCGCGGAAGGGACACCUUUUUGCUUUAAGGGGCAGAUGACCCCUCCCCAAGUUCAGUUUUCCCUCCUUGCCCAAGGUGGGUUCUGGAGCGGCACUCGUCACCAGACUCCAGUUUGGAGGCUAAGGCUGGGGCUGGGGGAGACGGCGCCCCAUCACUGAGAAGUGUCCACCCUCUAACUUCAACCUGUACUCUCCCUGAGUUGCGGUACCCCUCCAUUUUAGACCAAAAUUGAAACGCGGGCACCGCGGAAUCUUCUAGAAAGGGGCUAAGAUGAAACUCAGGAGGCGGGGGUCGGUGUGGAAAGAGCAGAUGGAUUUUUUUUCCCUCUCUGGGCGAAUGAAGAACGCCCCCGACCACCCCUCCUCACGGACCCCCCCGACAACGCGCAUGCGCACUUGGGUGGCGGGUGGGUACUUAAGGCGCGGUUACAGCGGCUGCGGCAGUGCGCCCAACAGCGGACUCCGAGGGAGCAGCGGACCUCGGCGAACCAACGGCCCACUCUCGACCACCUAUCCACCACUCUUGGAACCAUGGCGGCAGUGGCGGCGGCCUCGGCUGAGCUGCUCAUCAUCGGCUGGUACAUCUUCCGUGUGUUACUGCAGGUGUUCCUGGAAUGCUGCAUUUACUGGGUAGGAUUCGCUUUUCGAAAUCCUCCAGGGACACAGCCCAUUGCGAGAAGUGUUCAGGUACUCCCUGCAGAAGGUGGCACAAACGGUGUCGCGGACCGGGCGGCAGGUUAUGGGGGAGCGCCGGCGGGCCCCCAACUAAGGCCCCAGCUCCCAGCCCUGGGCGGCCGUGUCACCAGGUGCUCCUGUGGGUCUCAGCCAGCACGGGAGCCAGUGCCGCGCAGGAAUGAGGGGUCCCCUAUUCUUUCUCGUCAAAGGGGCACGUGCCAAGGUCAGUGAGGGGCCGGUAGGCCCCCCGGAGAAGCAGCACCAACAAUGACAACGAUACCAGACCCUUUCCGAACCCCUAUGCGCCCCUCCCACUGUGGGGC